UUGGGUCAAGAAUCCUUACGCUGAUUGGUCAGAUAAAUUAAGGAUACCGAACACGUAUGUCACUUAUGUCAAAGUUUUUGCACCGAUUUUUACUACAAUCUGAGUCAUUCUAUAGCAAAUAUGCUAGUAAAGGUCGACAUAUAUACAUGAUACCCUGCUCCUUUCUUCGGAUGAAAAGGGAAAUAAUUUAUUAUACAACUAGCUCCAAAGGGAAAGCGUGGUUUCAUCCUUGCAUUUCUUGUUACGUGCGUUGAAGUACUAUUUUCUAAGGGCAUAUCAAGUUUCAAAGAAUAACCUUGCCCUAUUCUUAGACUCGUCAAAUUGUACAUGAGCUGGGAAUAUUAAAUUGCUCUUGAAAUUCACAGAAUCAACACAGUGAUUAGAUUAUUUGGCAGUGGUCAGACAAGAAUAGACCUGCUGAGCUUUCAGUGACCUCAACGAGACCUUCUAUUAGCGCAUGCGCAAGAGUUUUAAAUGUCGGCCAAGAAGACCUAGAAUGUGCCGGUGAUUUCUGUUGAUAAUCUUUAAGUUUAUGUCCGUUUCUUUUAUAUUGGCAACUGUUCGGACGGGUGAAUGGAUCCAAGAAUUGGAUGGUCUCCGCCAGAACAACUUGGACCAGCGCACCAGUUGUGGACUAGAUUGUGGGAAACGCACCUGAUCAAGAUGGAAAACCUGUAUCUCAACAACGCCAAUCCAAAUUUGGAGCAGAAAACUCAGGAGUACAUUCCGUUAGAAUUUAACACAAACAACUACGACCAAAGAGACCACAGUUCAUCUAGAACAAAUAAUAUAAAAUAUCAAGAUUUUAGGACGAGAAAGAAAAAGGAUAACAAAGCUAGUACAUUCGGUCUCAAUCAUUCAUCAAACACUCAGUUGUUGGAUAAUGGUCAUUUGACACCCUGGAUACCGAGGGGAAGAAAUUAUUCUCCUGGUGUGAUUGGCCUCCAUGAAGAGAUCAUUGACCUGUACCAAUACAUGUUGCCGCGCAGGGAGGAGCACUACAUGCGCCAGGACGUCGUACGCAGGAUAGAAAAGGUUAUCAAGGAUUUGUGGCCACAGGCAAAGGUCGAGAUAUUUGGAAGUUUCCGCACCAGCUUUUAUCUGCCAACAAGUGACAUAGACCUGGUAGUGCUGGGUAAGUGGGACUCCCUGCCUCUCUGGACGCUGGAGAAGGAACUUCUGGAGAAAAAUAUCACCGACAAAAUGAACAUACGAGUGCUUGACAAGGCUUCCGUCCCAAUUGUGAAACUGACCGACAUCAAAACUGACGUCAAGGUGGAUAUCAGCUUCAACAUGGUGAAUGGUGUGAAGAGCGCUAAACUCAUUAUGAAUUAUAGGGACCAGUACCCCACCCUGCAGUACUUGGUGAUGGUUCUGAAGCAGUUUCUCUUGCAGCGUGACCUGAACGAGGUGUUCACUGGAGGAAUCAGCUCUUACUGUCUCAUCUUGAUGGUUGUCAGCUUCUUACAGCUCCACCCCAGAAUUGACGCCACCUCUGAAGAUGCCAAUCUCGGCGUUCUCCUCAUCGAGUUCUUUGAGCUGUACGGCCGCCACUUCAACUACCUGAAGACGGGGAUCCGUAUCAAGGGAGGCGGGGCGUAUGUGCCAAAGGAACAGAUUCAGAAGGAGAUGGAGAAUGGUUACAGACCUUCUCUGCUCUGUAUCGAGGACCCUCUUAACCCAGGAAAUGACAUUGGGCGCAGCUCAUAUGGAGCCCUGAAUGUUCGUAAUGCCUUUGAGUAUGCCUACCUGACCUUAAGUAACGCAGCACUGUCAGCUAACUCUGAUGUAUUCAAGGGACAACAGAGUCUUCUCAGUCGCAUCAUCCGCGUCACAGAUGAGGUCGUGGAGUACAGACAGUGGAUUAAGGAGACGUACGGCAAAGCCGCGGAAGACGUGGUGAUAGAGGCUGCGUCCUCUCCCAGCCCGAGUCCCAGUCCCAGUGCCAGCCCCAGCCCAAGUCACAGCCCAAACAGAGACGGUCCUAGUAAGACCUAUGCCAGCGUGGCCACACAGCCACCUGCUAGACCUCUAGUCAAGGAACAGUUAGUGAGGGGUAACCUGUCCAGUUUGAAGGAGGUGGAGAUAUCUGACAGCGGCAGUUCUAUGUGCCAGUCUUCUUCCUCUCCUGCAGCCUCCAGCAGCUCCAGCAUUGCCAGUGACACAGAGUCUGAUAUAUCUGUGGAAAGUCCCAAAAGUCGCCCCCCUGCCAAAAGUGCCUCAGUAACAAUCAUACGGAACAGCAGCAUGCCCACCAAGUCUGAUGCCUCGCCAAGUCCGCGCCACUCUGCCUCCCAGCCCACACUCACCAAAAAGAGAGACAUAAGCUCCGACUCAAGAAGACGCCGGUCCGCAUCUGUGACAAGUAAUGACUCUGGGCGUGGCGGUGGCCGCAGGACUUCUGCUUCAUCGAGCGUGGCUGCACCAGACACUCACAGUGAGACUGUCCUGCCAAAAUCUGCAACUGUAGCUCAUGGCUGGACACGCACCUUUCGCAACCAAUCAGCAAUGGGUUCUGGUGGAGGUAACCAAGGUAACAGUGGAACAGGGAGUGGUGGUGGAAAGAAAUACAAGUCUUACGCAAAGCGCAGGAAAAAUAGUAACGGACAAAAUUCUCAGCGCCGCGACAGGGACAAUAACAAUCCUGCAGAGGGCGGACGGCGGUGAUACUGCUUUAGAAGUCUGCCAUUUUACUUUGGCAGGCAUUGACUUCAAUAUGCUCUGAAAUGUUCUUCGGAGAAAUCCAUUACAAGAUUCCUUGUAAACUACCCUCAGUGAUUCAAAACAAGAAUUCUGAGCAGUGAUGGAAAAUUUCUCCGCGUCUGUACAAAGCUCCUCUCCUCUUUACGUAGACAAUCCAUGUCAUGUUACCAUGGACAACUGGAGCUUCUUAGAAACUACUGAUGGAAGCAUUGAUAUAGGCAGAGGUAUAGGCAGACUGCCAAGGUACAGAGGCCACUAUAGUGGGUAUGAGGAGGUAUAUUAAGAGGGAGGCAUGUGAAAGUAAUCAGAUGGUGUGAACAGUAUGGAACUUCGUCUCUUCUGUGGUAAUGAUACUGCACGUUGAAAAGAUAUCCACCGAGGUUUGAUCUCGCCUGUUUAUGAUGGAUGACGGCUUUGAGACUUGGAGAGAUGAAGAUUCGAAAUGAUGGCUGCAAUAAUGCAGAAUUUAUAGUCCUGUGAUGAUGUCUUUCUAUUAUAGUAUACAAUAUUACGCAAUCAUGACAACCAAAAAAAAAAGUUAAAAUUGUGAAAAAAAAUUCUAAAAAUAUUUUCCUUCCAGUUUGCAUGUAAAUUAUUGUGCUUGACUUUUUUUCUUUUCUCAAAAAA